AUGUUCCAAGAACCUGACGAGGUUGCCGCCGAGCAAUCCGCGGCAAAACUCGAUCUGAUCGCGGCCGCACGACGAUCGAGUAUUCGGCGCGAGUCCACUGUCCGACCAGGCCGAUCUAACGCUAGUCGUCGCGCUGCCAUCGAACGAAUACGAGAAGAGGUAGAGGAACGACGUCGCCGUCGUCGUGAGGCUGCCGAGGAAGCAAACAACUUCACUUCUCCAUCACAGUCCCAACUCGAGAUGUUGCGUCAGGCUCCUAAUCCACAACCGGAGCCGGAGCGCAUGAACUCGAUCAGACUGAGGCAGCGCGUCCAUCUGAUGGAGCUACACCGGAUGGCGAUGGGCUUAGCCAAUACCGAAACACAACGCCGGGGCGAUAUGGACGUGCCAUCCUUGAGACGACCAGAUGUCGAGCCAGAUGGAGAAUUACGAAUCGACCCAGUUACGUUUGAUGUCGUCGAGAUACUCAACGCCGAAGAUGAGGAAGCCGCCCGUCAACUCCUUCCGCGCCCGUUACGAGAGUCGGGCUUGAGAUUUGAAAUGGGUGCAACAUCCCAAUCUGAGUCGGAACCCUCCCGGCCCCCUCGAUUUUCUCAUGCUCGCCUGGCAAGAGUCCCCAGCCCGUCCGGGAGCAGAAGACCGCCCUGGUCUUUCUCAGUUCACCGCCCCAGCAUUGAUCUGGAGGACGAGGAAACCGAAAACGAAUACCGCGCUACUCCACAACCUCUGGGAUUGGACCGAAGCCCUGGAGGCCCUGCAACGAGCACCCCUCCCCCAGAAAGUCUGUAUCCAGCCUUGCGACGUGUCAAUCAUAUUUCGCCCCGCCCACUGGGGGAGUCGAGACCCAGGGUCGACGGACUUGGGGACCGCUUGCGUAGUCCCAGCCCGAUGUCUGAUGGGCCUGUGGAGGAAAAUUGGGGAACUCUCUUGGACACACUGACAACAGGCCCUUCAAGCACGGCGACUUCCUUCUUAUCGUCGCGGUCAAACUCAAGGAGCGGCUCGAACCAAUCGUCCCAGGCAACGACUACGACGACUAGCUUUGGUGAGAUAGGUGGGGACGACUCGUGCGAUUUGGAUCUCCCCACUGGCAUCACUGAGGAGGAUGCCCGGAUGAUACGUGCCAGACACGGAAGGCUGCGAAGAGAUGCUUCUGCUCGUCCUAGAAGGUCCGAUAUGUGGAACACUCUGACGUCUGAGUUGUCGAAUCAGAGCGACCCUCCAAGGAUAAACGAGAGGGUCGUCGAAUUGGAAAUGCUCGGAACUAUUCUCGAUCGAAUGCAGAGCAGGCAAGAGAUUCCCGAGGAGUUGUGGGCCGCCGUUGGAUUGUCGCCAGAUAUUGUGAGAGGGACUCCCUUCGAUUUGGUCAGGUGA